AUCGAGGAGGAGGGAGGGAGGGAGGAGGGAGGGAGGAGCCAUGGCGGGGCUCUCGCUUGAAUGCGGUGAUUGCAAGGCGCUGCUUCGGACCACGGAGGAGGCGCAGGAGCACGCAGAGCUCACGGGACACAAAAAUUUUCACGAAUCCACGCAGGCGGUGCUCAAUUUGAUUUGCACUUCCUGCGGCAAGCCGUGCCGAACGCAAACGGAGCAAGAUUUACAUACGAAGAGAACAGGUCAUGCGGAUUUUGCAGAUAAAACAGCUGAGACAGCGAAACCUAUUGUGUUGGAAAACAAGCCAGUUGCAGGCCCGAGUGUUUCUGGUGAGGGAGGGAGUGCUGAAAAUGCUCCAGAGAUGGUUGUACCUGAGGUGAACAAGGAAGCACUGGCAGAGCUUGAAGCCAUGGGGUUCCCUACUGCUCGUUCUACUCGUGCUCUGCAUUUCACAGGGAGCAGCAACGUAGAGACCGCCGUCAAUUGGAUUGUGGAGCAUGAAAACGAUCCUGAUAUUGAUGAAAUGCCGCUGGUUCCCUCUGAUGCAAAUACGUCUAUACAGUCACUGCUGACCCCUGAAGAAGCCAAGGCUAAAGCCCAGGAACUUGUGCAGAGAGCCAAAAGGAAGAAGGAAGAAGAGGAGAAGCGGAUGGAAAAAGAACGAGAAAGGGAACGGAUUCGCAUUGGUAAGGAGUUGCAAGAAGCCAGACGUAUUGAAGAGCAACAGGAGCGGCAGAGGAUAAUUGCUUUCAGAAAGGCUGAAAAGGAAGAAGAAAAUCGUGCUCGGCUGAAGAUUCGGCAAAAGCUGGAGGAAGAUAAGGCAGAGAGAAGGCGAAAAUUGGGCUUGCCUCCUGAAGAACCAAAGCCUGUAGUAGCUGCACCACCUCCACAAGAGGAAAAGAAGCCUUUUGUACCGCUGAGACCAGCUUCGAAGGCAGAACAGAUGCGGGAGUGCUUACGAGGCUUAAAGCAAGCCCAUAAGGAAGAUGAAGCUAAGGUCAAGAAGGCUUUUCAGACGAUGUUGACCUACAUAGGCAAUGUAGCUCGAUCUCCUAACGAAGAUAAGUUUCGCAAGAUACGGUUGACGAAUGCUACUUUUCAGGAGAGAGUCGGGAGCUUGAGAGGUGGAAUAGAGUUUCUCCAGCUUUGUGGGUUUGAGAGAGACCAGGACGAGUUUUUAACGCUACCAAGGGAGAAGGUGGACAUGGUCUUGUUGAAUACCGCAGGGUCUGAGCUGAACUCAGCUAUCAACAAUCCUUUCUUCGGUGUCUUAUAGAGCCCUUGAUUGUAAUGCAUGUUAUUUGUCUAGGGUCUCGUAAAAGUUCGUGCCGGAGUUCAAUGACUAAUAUUUGGUGGGGUCAUCCGGUGAGCUGGGUGCUCUAGUUUCCUUCCUAGCCUGCAGUUGCAUUGGGUUGCGUGUAAUCUAUAAGAAGGAUCGGCAUAUUUGUGCUAUGAAUGAGUCAUUGACUUAAAGACUUGGUCAUGAACUUCUAGUGAAACACAAUUGUAUUUGCAAUGAUUCACGUGACAUUUUGUA